AUGCGCGGCCUUGGCGUCUACCGGCGUGCGUCGGAGAGCGUGAACGCCCUCUCGCCCGCCAUGCGAGCGCGGCUCGAUUCCUACGCCGCCGGCGUGAACGCCUGGCUCGCCGACGACGACCAGCAAUUCGGCCUCGAACUCACCCUGAUCAAGCUCAUGUCCGGCGGCCGUUACCGGCCCGAGGCGUGGCGACCGGCCGAUUCGCUCGUCUGGGCCAAGCUGAUGGCGCUGGGGCUCGACGGCAACUGGCGCGCCGAGCUGCUGCGGCUCAGGCUCUCGCAGAAGAUCGGCGAGGACGGCGUCAAAUUCCUGAUCGAACCGCCGGGCGACAGCAAGGACUCGACGCUCGCGAUGGUCCUGGCCGCCGUGAAGGACAUUGAUCUCGACCGCAUCUUCCGCGGCACCGACAACGAGGUGACGCGCAAGCGUGAAGCCUCGAACGAAUGGGUGCUGUCGGGUGCGCAUGCCGUUUCGGGGCGACCGCUGCUCGCCAACGACCCGCAUCUGGGCUUCUCCUUCCCCGGCGUCUGGUACCUCGCCCGGCUGGUCGGACCGGGCUUCGACAUUCGCGGCGCCACCUCGCCCGGUUCACCGGCGGUGGUGCUCGGCCACAACGGCACCAUCGGCUGGGGCUUCACCACCACCAACCUCGACAGCCAGGACAUCUUCGUCGAACGCGUCGAUCCGACCGAUCCGAACCGCUACAUCACGCCCGACGGCGCCCGCCCCUUCGCGGUGCGCGAGGAGACGAUCAAGGUCGCCUGGGGCGAGCCCGUCACGAUGCGCGGUGCGCGAGACGCGGCAUGGUCCGGUGAUCGACGACUUCGUCCGCCGCAUCGAAGGCAUGACGCCGCAAGGCCACGUGCUCGCGCUGCAGGCCACGGCGCUCGACGGCGCCGACACCUCGGCGGAAGGUUUCGCCCGUGUCGGCUCGGCGCAAACUGGGAAGAGUUCCUGGCCGCGACCCGCCGCAUCGUCUCGCCGAUGCAGAACAUGGUCUAUGCCGACACGUCGGGGAACAUCGGCCUGAUCUCGCCCGGCGCGCGUGCCGAUCCGGCGCAAGGGCGACGGGUUCGAUGCCCGGUUCCCGGCUGGACCUCGGAGUACGACUGGGCGGGCUUCGUGCCGUUCGACGAGCUGCCGCGUGCCUACAAUCCGCCGGCCGGCUGA